AGUAUAGUAUAGAUUUUGUGUUUGUUCAAUCGUUUUUUUUUUCUUAAAUUGAUGAUUUUUUUUUUGUGAAAGUAGCCUUUUAUUUUCCGAUAUAAAUAAAAAAAAUUUGUCACUGUUAUUAGAGUAAUAGUCAGGAAAAAUCUUGGCCAUAGAUCUAUCUUCUUCUUCUUAUAUAUACUAUUUAUCACUUUUCUAUUUUCACUUUUGGGGAAGUGCAGAGAAGGAAAGACCGAGAGAGGGAAAGGUUCAGUUAAAGUCGCCGGGAUUGUUUAACCGGAGCUCCGACUACUCUCUCUCUCUCUGUCUUCUACUUUUCUUUCUUCUUCUUGAUCGCUUUAUGCUAUGUGCUUCUUGGGUUUAUCUCUACUGGCUUACCCAGUUGUUGACUUCUUGUAUUUACAUCGGAUCCUAUGCAGUUAAGCCCUAAAAGGACUUGUUCUGUAGUAAACUCUUGUGGAGUCUUUCGCUUAAGUAGGUUUGAAAUGUCUGAACCAAAGAAACGAUCUUCCUUGCAAGCCAAGAAACCCUCCAAAAACCACAAGAGAAAGACUUUCCAGAUAAACCGCCUCCCUGGUCUGUCUGAAGAUUUGAAGACUAUGAGAAAACUUCGUUUUGUAGUGAGUGAUCCUUACGCUACUGACUACUCAUCCAGUGAAGAAGACGAAACGUAUCAGACAAGGAAACGUUAUGUCUGUGAGAUCGACCGUCCUUUCUCUCACGCCACUACUCAGUCAGAAUCCGAGAGCUCGUCUUGUCAUAACGAUGGAAGCAAAGCCAAAACCUCCGAUGUCGUUGGACGAUCUAGUGUCAGGAAGCCUGUUGGUGUAAGGCAGAGGAAAUGGGGUAAAUGGGCUGCUGAGAUUAGACAUCCAAUCACCAAAAUAAGAACUUGGUUGGGUACUUACGACACCCUUGAACAAGCAGCUGAUGCUUAUGCGGCCAAGAAGCUCGAGUUUGAUGCUUUGUCUGCUGGUGUUUCCUCUGUUUUGUCUGAGAAUGCUCUGUCAGAUGACUCUGCUUCAGGGUUUAACGUUGACUUUAACUUCUCAGAUCUCCAGAUUCCAGAUAUGGGUUGCUUCGUUGAUGAGUCACUGAUCCUAAAUGCAUGUGAGCUUGAUUUUCACUUACCAGAAGAGAGUGACCAGUUCUUAAAUGACAUGAACUUCAUUGGUCUUGAACGUGACGGUCCAAACAACCUUCCAGACUAUGAUUUCUCCGACGUGGAGUUCGAUCUUGGUCUCGUUGGAAACACCAUUGACAACAAGUUUAAUUUCUUCGAUCGUCUCGCAACAACAACUACCACUCCACUUAAUAUCGCGUGCCUAUAAGUUUUGAAGCUAGGUGUUAUUAUUAGUUAUAGGAGCCAAAGUAAAAUGCUAUGUUUUUUUUGUUCGGUUUUUGUCUAAUUUAUUACAGUAUAGCGGAGGUAGUUAACCUCAGGGGAAGCAAAAAGAUAAGCUUUGUGUGUUGCGAAAAAGUUUUGUUGACAUAAUAGUUUUGAUGUUGUAGAGAAGACGAGAGAGGUGAGAUUGAAAUUAUAAUCAUUUUUAUGUGAAACCUAGUUUAUUGU